AUGGGAAAAAAAAUCUUAAAGAAACAGCUGGAAAGUGUGAGCAAGAUUAGUUUAACAACAGAUAUGUGGAAAUCUAGCCAUCAAGUGGUUGAAUAUAUGGUUAUCACAGGACAUUUCAUUGAUGCAGGAUGGAAUCUUCAUAAAAGAGUUUUGAGUUUUGUGAAAGUGCAUGCACCAAGACGUGGUAUUGACGUGGCUGAUGCUAUUCAUAAAUGUUUGAAAACUUGGGGGAUUGAAAGUAAAAUAUUUACAGUAUCUGUUGAUAAUGUUGCUUACAAUGAUUUGUGCUUGAAAUAUCUUAGGGAUAAUAUAUCACUGAGUAGAAAGUUAAUCCUUAAUGGUGAUUUGUUUCAUGUUAGGUGUUGUGCGCAUAUUUUGAAUUUGUUAGUGCAGGACGGCCUUAGUAAAAUUAAGGAUAUCAUUUUUAAUAUUCGUGAGAGUGUCAAAUAUGUUAACCACAAUGAUGCAAGGCUAAAGAACUUAUGUGAUGUGGUUGAGCAAAAAGGUUUGAAAGAAAGGAAACUCGUCAUCGAUUGUCCUACAAGAUGGAAUUCAACCUUCAAUAUGUUGUCAACCGCUUUGAAAUUUAAAAUUGUAUUUUCAACCUACAAAGAAAGAGAGCCUCACUAUGAUCAUGCCCCUUUAUUUGAGGAAUGGGACAAAGUUGAGAAAGUGUGUAAACUGCUAGAAGUGUUCAAUUCUGCUACUCAUGUGAUCUCAGGUAGUGAGUAUCCAACUGCAAAUUUGUAUUUGCCAGAGGUCUGGACGGUGAAGCAGGUACUUGAUAUGGCGGAUGAAGACGAAGAUCUCUUUAUGAGAGAAAUGGCAAAACCAAUGAAAAAGAAGUUUGACAAAUACUGGGGGAGUGUAAUUUGUUGA